AUGGAGACUGAAUCUACCAGACACGGUGUCAAAGAUAAACUGAGGGGCGUCAAGGGCAAAAUGAAAAGGUUGUGGCAUCGAGACCACGGGACUGUAGGUGAUCCCGAUCAAAUCAGCCAAGGCUCUUCAACGGGUCUGGAAGCUCCGCCCACCCACUGUCAAGAGACGCACGAGUCGAAUGACAGGCAACGCAAUGUCAAAAGUCAAAGCUUGCACAAUAAGCUAAAUGAUGAGCGACACGAUGCUGUCUCACACGACACGCCAGACGGGGACCAGUGCGACCGGUCAAGACAACGGGAUCAAUCUGCGGAUUGUUCUUCGAUCCAGCCUGCAUCUGCCCCUCCUACGAAACCGGAUCUGUGGCAACGCGCUUUUGAUGACCUCGAGCCAGAGAAGCAACAACUUAUCAAGUCUAUACCGAUGCCGAAAUACAAUAAACCGAUCGACUGCAGUGAUGCGAAUAUCAAUCCCGAUACUGUGGGUCGUUUAAAGGCACUCAAUGGGGUAAUCGAAACUGUGAAGAUCCAAUAUGAAAUCGACCAAGAAAAAUCCAGGAUUAAAGAACCAGCCCAAAAGAUCAUCAAGGCUGUUCUUAGCUUCCAGGACUUUAUCCAGACAGCUGUAGCAUUCGACCCAACAGGACAUGCGAAUAGUGUCUGGGCAGUCGUGUCCCUGGGACUUACCAAGCAACUCAAGAUGACGCAAAACUAUCGCAGUCAGAAAGUGACUUGGUUGGAAUCUUGCGUUUUCCUCACAGACCUUCUUGCCCGGUAUAGCUUUGUUGAGGACGAAUAUCAAAAGGACCCUAACACCGACGAACACGUUGAGACAGCUCUUGUUCAGAUAUAUAUCGCAGUUCUAACAUUCGCUGCCCUGGUCCAGUCACUUUAUGAUCGUGGACGUGCUGUCUGGAUCUGGAAGAGCAUGUCUGGGGAUUCCCUUUCCAAGCUCCAGGAAUCUAUUGAUGAAGCGGAGUCACAUCUGGGCCGAUGGCUCCAGAUAGUUGACCGGCGUGAACACAGGGAGAGAGGAAACCAGCUACUUGAAAAGGCGGAUCAAAUACUGACCAAAAUUGACUGCAUGCUGGACUCAGUCAAUGAAAUCCACGACAAGACCGUCCUUGAGGAGCUUAAGGUUGCAGAAGAGGCUCAUUAUAACGCAUACACCGGCGAAGAGUAUCAAGAAUGUCUGCAAGAGACUCGAACUGAACUUCUUGAGGAUAUCAAGGGCUGGGCCACCGACCAACAUAGGCAAGCUGUGUUUUGGCUGCAGGGCAUGGCAGGAACAGGAAAGUCCACUGUGUCACGGACGGUGGCUCGGUGGUUAGAUGAUGAAGGCUUGCUAGGUGGUAGCUUCUUUUUUAAGAAGGGAGGAACAGAUCGUGAGGAUGCCAGACGACUUUUUACUACCCUUACUAAACAAAUAAUUAAGAGAUUACCUCAUCUCCAGCAGCCAGUCAAGAAGGCAAUUCGGGACUUGCGUGAUAUUGGAAGCCGCAAUCCACAAGAACAGUUUAAUGAACUGCUUUUCAAACCCCUCAAGAGCUUCAAUCUUGGCUUAAGGACUUCGUUGAUCUUGGUAGUUGUUAUCGACGCUCUGGAUGAGUGUCAAGUUUCAGCUGACGUCGCGGCCUUUCUCUCAACUUUGCCUAAGUUGAAUAACUUGAAAGAUAUCCAGCUACGAGUUUUUAUUACUAGUAGGCCAGAACCACCUGUUAUCAAGGGUUUUCGACCGAUCGACAAGGACGUGAUCAUUCUCCAUCAGGUGAAGAGGUCGACUAUCGAGAACGAUAUCUCAAUUUUUCUCCGGAAAAAGCUUAACGGGAUAAGAGAUGAUUACGACGAACUACCCCGAGACUGGCCUGGGGAUGAAAAUUUCAAGGCCCUAGUCAAUAUGGCUAUUCCCCUAUUCAUCUACGCCGCAACAAUAUGUCGGUUCAUUAAUUGUGAUGGAGAAUUACCAGACGCCCGACUUCAAGCUAUCUUAUCCUCACGCUCAAGCGACGGGAUGAAGAAGAUUGACAGCGAGUAUUCAAAAUUGACUGAUAUCUAUUUCCCAGUCUUGGAGCAUAUUGUGUUACAGAAAAAGCCGAAAGAACGAGAGGACUGGAUGGCCGACUUCCACCGAAUCAUGGGCACUAUUGUUCUUCUCCUCAGCCCGCUCUCAUCGGUCUCCCUGGGCAAGCUCAUUUGUUUUGACGAAACCAAAGUCCGAAGCAGAUUGAAUUCUCUCCACUUUGCAGUCACUGGGAAAGCCGAUGAAGCGCCACUUCAGAUCUAUUAUGCAGGGCUAGUAUUUUUACCUCGAACGGCAAUAAUCCGUAAGAAGUUCCAGUCAGAACUUCCGAAUUGGAUCUGCCAGUUCCCAAAAGUUCCCGAGAGCUGGAGUGCAGAGUUGCAGACGCUCGAAGGCCAUACAUCCUCGGUUCAGUCUGUGGCAUUCUCACCUGAUGGCCGGCUACUGGCGUCCGGCUCCGAGGAUAAAACAGUACGGCUCUGGGACCCAGUCUCGGGCACUCUCCAACAGACGCUCGAAGGCCAUACAUCCUCGAUUCGGUCUGUGGCUUUCUCACCUGAUGGCCGGCUGCUGGCGUCCGGCUCGUUAGAUAUGACAGUACGGCUCUGGGACCUAGCCUCGGGCGCUCUCCAACAGACGCUGGAGGGCCAUACAUCCUCGAUUCGGUCUAUGGCAUUCUCACCUGAUGGCCGGCUACUGGCGUCCGGCUCCGAGGAUAAAACAGUACGGCUCUGGGAUCCAGCCUCGGGCGCUCUCCAACAGACGCUCGAAGGCCAUACAUCCUGGGUUCAGUCUGUGGCUUUCUCACCCGAUGGCCGGCUACUGGUGUCCGGCUCCGAGGAUGAAACAGUACGACUCUGGGACCCAGCUUCGGGCGUUCUCCAACAGACGCUCGAAGGCCAUACAUCCUCGGUUCAGUCUGUGGCAUUCUCACCUGAUGGCCGGCUGCUGGCGUCCGGCUCGUUCGAUAUGACAGUACGGCUCUGGGACCCAGUCUCGGGCGCUCUCCAACAAAAAGUCCUGAGCACUCAUAGCCCUGUCACGAAGCUCGAAUUUUCGCCAGAUAGCUCCUAUCUCAGCACUAACCUGGGAUCAUUCAAGAUUCAAUCCAGCUGUAGCAAUCCUAUCCCCAAUUCACCUAAUAUCGAUCCACGGGUGUCUCUACAGGGCAUUUUUGAUCUCAGGACUAUUCAAAGAAGAAAGCGACCCCGAUUGUUUGAUAGCGAAUCCGUGGUUGAGGUUGUGUGCCGAACGGGAGCUAAAAACGGCCCGAUGGCGAUCCCGGAGGAAGCCCUUCGGACCCCUGAAAACUCUGCAAGGGAUAAAACGAUCCCAGCAUUCCCAGCAGAAUGCAGGGGUCGGGGAAGGAACACCCAAGCGAAGCCCAUUCAGGUUCCAGGGAUUGAAUUUCCUUCCCUGGAAGAUGGCAAAAGGAUCACAAACCAAAUGAUUGCAGGCCUCAUUGUCACCCUAAAGAAAGUUAUCACCCAACAAACCAGUACUAUCCAGUCUACCCGAGCAGAAGUCCGAGAGCUCAAAACAGAACAACAAACUCUCAAAGAACAGAACACCCAAUUACAGGACGAAAUCCAGGUACUCCGCAAGCAGAUCGAAUCCCAGGCAGUUAACCCACAUCUAGGGCUAUGGUCUGAAGUCGCCGCAGGAAACACCCUACCAGACCCCAAGACAAUAAUACCACGCCCCCGAAAAGAACCCAACUGUGUUCGAAUCAGCACCGCACCGACCCUAGACCAGGAUAUCGACAAUGAUCGAUUCUCAAGAGCCCUGCCGAUGGAAGCAGCAAAUACCCACAUUCGAACUGCCCUGCUGAGUGCAGAGAACACCAGAGAAGUGCAAGUCGCGAGUAUUAGUACUAUCAAAACAGGCUAUAUUAUACGAUUCCGGGAUGCCCAGUCUGCUGAGACUGCUCAGGGCAACACCGAGUGGCUGAAAGAGUUGGGAAAUAACACUAAAGUAGUGAAACCCCGGUUUGGGAUCGUGGUCCACCGAGUCCCGGCUGAGGACUUUAAACUGGAUGGAAACAAGAAACAGGAAAUAGAGAAGAUUAUAGCUGAGAAUGACCUGCUUGAUAGAAAUUUCAGGUCGAAGAUAUCGUAUGGCUGA